CUGUUGGAGAGUUAUGUAACGUCACUCGAGGGGCAAUAGCGACAUAAUCAGUUUGGGCCUCAUAUUUACCUGGUGGCUCUACAGCAGCAGCUCAGUCAGCGGAAACAGCAACAGUGACGGCUCUGGAAUGUUUCUUCUGGUGGAGCCUCAGAAAUGGCUACAGUGUAUGUUCGAGCUUCAUCACCAGCUGGGGGGUCGGCAGCUUGAUCAACGGCUUCAGCAUCUGCUUCAUCAUCAACUACAGAGUCGGCUGGUCGACCAACGGCAACUGCGCAUGCACAAACGCAGUUUCCGUUUAUGAGGACGAGUGUGUUAUGCUGCACCGGUGUACUGCCACGUAUGUCCAAAUUAUAGCUUAACGUAGUGGGAUUAUUGUCAUCACGUGGGAAUUUAUAGUAGCAGCCAAAUAAUUAUCUAAACACGUGACGUUCAUUACUAAAUGUGGAGGGAAAAACCGAAGAAAAAUCCAUACAACCAACAUGGAGAGAAAAAGAGAAAAAACGUGAUUCCAAAUAUACAAUAGGCAUCGGCAGGAUCCGGGAUCGAAACCAAGUAUUCCUGCAUACCGGGCAAGGGAGAUAACAUCUCCGCACAACCGCGAGAACUUCUUAAAAUGGUGAUUAUUUCCGAACAUUAGUCGUUCUAAUGUCACGAUGGUGAUAUGGGUGAUAUUGGUUAUUGAUGGUGAUAUUGAGUAUUGAUGGUGAGUGAUGAUUGGUGGUGAUUUUAAUCAUAUCUACAAUCUGCGUGUCCCUGAAUGCAGGAAAAACUGGCAAUGAAGAUCAACAUCGUACUUCUCGCAGUCAUAUCCAUUGUGAUUGCGAGCUAUCUACUCCAUAUGUACACUGACCGUACCAAUGUACAGACUGUGACGGUGUGGGGAGCUCCUAUCCUGUGGAAUGGCACUUUUGACCAAUCAUACGUGGACCGGCUGUACGCGAAGCGUGAGGUCACAGUGGGCAUCACCGUGUUCGCCAUUGGACGCUACCUGGACCUGUUGCUGAAAAACUUCGUGGAUUCGGCCGAGCUGCACUUCUUCGUCGGCUACAGCGUGACCUACUACGUCGUGACAGACCAACCCUCGCGUAUACCCAACCUCUUAUUAGCACCCAAGAGAAUGCUCGUUCCUGUCAAGGUGGAAAAGCGCCCACGCUGGCAGGACAUCUGCAUGGAUCGCUUCAAGAUCAUCAAUGGGCUUGUUGAGACAACCGUGAAGGAGGAGUAUGUUUUCUCUUUCGACGUGGAUCUGCUGUUCACAAACCGCUGGGGUCCCGAAGUUCUGGGCAGCACCGUGGUCGUCCUCCACUCGUGGUUCUUCAAUGUGGACCCAGCGAUGUGCACCUAUGAGCGCCGGCCAGAGUCUAUGGCCUACGUUGCGACCAGAGAAGGAGACUUCUACUACCACGCGGCCGUGUUCGGUGGCCGCAGGUCACAUAUAAAGAACGUUACGCACAACAUUUUCCAGGCAAUCACUAAAGAUCGCAGUGCUGGGAUUGAAGCCAUCUGGCACGACGAAAGUCACCUGAACCGCUACUUUAUCGACAACAAGCCGAGUAAAAUAUUAUCUCCAGAGUACUGCUGGGACGAGGAGGCCACUAACGCAGCCAUUAAGGUGAAACGCUUGAUCUGGGUUCAUAAAGAUAACAAUGCUCUCCGAGAGAACCCAUAGCCUUACCGCCAGUGAGCCUAGCUAUAUAGCGGCAUGGGUUUUGCCAUAUAUACUGUAUGUGGAACUCCUUUCGCACCGUAUGUCGCCAACUGUACUAAUUGGAGGUGUGGGGAAGGACAACAUACUUAAACACAAAAAUCAGUUCUAAAUAAAUGAGUUUUAAAUCCAGGAUGUUCAAUCUAUGUGGGUGUGCAGGUUUCUAUCUAUGUAUUCUGAACUCCUUUUGCACCAUACGUAGCCAUCCGCACUAAUUGGAGGUAGGAUAGAUCUGUAUGAGAAGGAUCAGAAGUGUAUUUCCCGAGUGGAGCCCAUUGAGCUAAGAAGACUAGUUAAGUCAUCGUUAUCAUCAUCAUUAGCCAGCGAUGAUCAAUCAACUGUUAAAUGAAGGCACUCUGAAGCCAUAUCUAGCUAUCCUAGACCAUGCUAAACGUUUGCACAAUUUUACUGUGUGCAUUUAGCCGUCCACUCUACUUUUUCAGACGUUUAUUUCUCACUCAGCAAAACCCAUUGUGUUACGAGGAUCUUACUCAAGAACGACUCGGCUGGCAUAAAACAUCAAAGCAUUCCAUGCAAUUACAGACUGAAAUAAAAUUAAUUAAAAUAACAUUUAUCUAUGAUAAAAGUAUACCGUUGCAUUUGUCCGUUUGUCAACUAAAUUAUAAGAGCCUUUCAGAAGGCCUGAAUCAAAACGUUUUAGAAAGUGGACAACCCCCCCCCCCCCCCCAAAUAUAUAUAUAUAUUUCUAUAACUGUUGUAGGCAUAUAUGCCUACACACUUUACAUACAAUAUAGUGAGAUGUAUCUGCACACAUGGGGGGGUGACGAGAAGAGGACAUCAAUGGGGGCCACGGGCAAUGCACGAAGUGCCGAGAAACCCUCCACAGGAGCUAGAAUAAGGUGGCCAUAGUUUGCCGAAAUUCUAGUGUUGUAAUAUUUACAUUCAUACCUAAGCUGUUGUGGAGAAUCGUAACGAGUGUGGGGGCAGGCAGGGGUGCCUUGGUCCCACCUGGUGGCCAAAGCUACGAGUUGGGGAACCCCCUUGACAACCGGAAUGCUUUCAUUUACGUUUCACUUUCAAUUUAAUUAGAGAAGUAACAUAAUAUUGCAAAGAGGUAACAACUUCAGAAAUGUUACUGGUUACAUUUUUAGAAGACCGUUUGCAUAACGAUGAUGCGAUUAGGGCAAGAGGAGCCGUGAUAUAUAAUUUUGUGUAUCCGACCGUAUGAAGAAGUAGAUAAAAAAAAAUUGGGACCCUACAUGACCGAUUGCCGUAGCACCCUCUGAGUUGAUAAUUUAGUUAUUACGCCACUGCUAUAGUGAGUUUAAAUAAAAAGAGAUCCCACCAACAGCCUCGUCACACAAACCAACAAAAUAAUUUCUGAUUCAACCGCAUUAAUUGAUCAAUCUAAACAGUUUUCGUUGAAACCUUCUGCUGCCAGG